CUUCAGAUACAAGGAUGCCGAACUGGGGAGGUGGAGCCAAAUGCGGUGCCUGUGAAAAGACAGUGUACCACGCGGAGGAAAUCCAGUGCAACGGAAGGAGUUUUCACAAGACGUGCUUCCUCUGCAUGGCUUGCAGAAAAGCUCUGGACAGCACCACUGUGGCCGCUCACGAGUCUGAGAUCUACUGCAAAACUUGUUACGGGAGAAAAUACGGUCCCAAAGGCAUUGGCUUCGGACAAGGGGCAGGGUGUCUCAGCACCGACACUGGUGACCAUCUGGGCUUGCAUCUGCAACAGGGGUCACCAAAGUCUGCUCGCCCUUCUACACCAACUAAUCCUUCAAAGUUUGCCAAAAAGAUGGUAGAUGUGGAUAAAUGUCCCCGCUGUGGCAAAUCGGUGUAUGCUGCAGAGAAGAUCAUGGGGGGAGGAAAACCUUGGCAUAAGACGUGCUUCCGCUGCGCUAUUUGCGGGAAGAGUUUAGAAUCUACCAACGUUACAGACAAAGAUGGAGAGCUCUACUGUAAAGUCUGCUAUGCAAAAAAUUUUGGUCCCAAAGGAAUUGGGUUCGGUGGCCUCACUCAAGUGGAGAAGAAAGAGUGCGAAUGAGAAGAAAGGGAUGCCACAGACUCAAACUACUAUUGAUGUCACCAAAUGAUAGUUGUCAAAUAAAACAUUAAACAUCACAUAUUGCUAAGAACCUAGGGCAUUUGUUUAAUAUUUUCCACUUUGCAGGAAAAAACUUGUGGGCUUGUAUCUUACGAAAUCCUUAGAAUAGCUUAAAAAGGUACA